GUGUGCUCCUGUUUCUGUUUCGUGGCAGCAAUAAAAGCUGUGGUUUUCAGUCACAUUUCGUCUCAGAGUCCUGCAUUUGGAUCCACAUCUCCACCUGCCCGCACACACAGCCCUGACAGUAAGACUUUAUUCGUACCAUGACAUGUUCCAAACAUUGGACUGGUGUCAGCACAUAUCUAACUUUUCAGGUUUUCUGUUUUUCACGCACCUUAGAAGAUUAGGUGCUAGGACUCUGAUCUUACAAGCACACACCAGAUUGUUAUGUCGACAUCUUCAGGCUUAUUUGUUUAAUUUUGAUUGAACCCUUUCCAGAGAAAAUGAAACUGAGAUAAAGAACGCUCAGUUCAGCUUUUGGCUUGUCAGAUACAGACCUCGCGUCGACUACAGUAUCCAAACUCUUUGCUUUUACUGCUCCAGGUACAUCAUCUUGUCCUACUGGAGAUGUCUCGGGUGGCAGUAAAAUUAACUAUUCAUGUAGCACUUUUUUACACAAUGUUUAACAGUUUGGAUUUUAAAAAGUGCAUAUUUAUAUGUGCAGAUGCAAACCUUCAUCCAUUACUACACACUCCUGCACACAUACAAGGCCAAUGGGCAAAAGAUUGAAGAGAAGCUGAACCAUGGAAAUGAGUUUUGAAGCUGCAGAAAGCUGCUCCAAAGUUUAGACACGACAGCCUCUGGAGCGUGAUCACCUCUGGUUUAAAACAAGACAGUGGCUCAGUGCAGAGACCCUGAUCAGAUCAUCAGAGAGGCCAGCUGCAGUCAGAAGGGCUCAUUAGCUGUACACAGAGCAGCAUGUCAGGCCUCAUCAAUACGACUUUUAAAUGAAGGAAAUAAAAUGAUAGUAUUUCAAUCAGUACAGAGGCCUUUUCUCUGCAUGAACAUCGUCUCCAUCUUUUAUCAGCAGCACUAAAUCAAGCACACAGUGUUUUAUUCACUGGUGUUUGUUUAUUGUGGGACAAUACUAUGAGUCUGCAACAAAGACCGGACUGACACAACAUUUACACCUUAUUUGUCGCUGCUGUUGUCUUAUGAGUGAUAAGCAACAGAUAAGGAGCUCAUAAAGCAGCAGGCAGGGCAUUUAUGACUUUUUCCACCACGUUCUUCUUUCACAAGUUACAAAUCUAGUUUAUCAUCAUUAGAAACAGCUUGUCUUUCAGCACAAUUAUGAUAUAAAUGACUGGACAUUCAACGACAUUUGAAACAAGCAGAACACAUCACUGCUUAGCACAGUUUGAGAAAUACCGUGGACGCAUGUGUGAGGAAAUCAAACCUUCUUGACUUGACGAUUAAAACAAACCACAACGCCGAUUCCACAGACGUUCACAUGCUGUGUGAAAUGGAAAUGAAAAAUAAACCCGUUUUAUUUACAAUGGAAGACAUGUCGAAUGUUUAUGUCCCAUUUUAACAAGAUCACAGGGUCAUUUGGAAUUUGCUGGAAGGAAAACAUCUUUAAAGGUUGUUACAAGGCCACGUUUACCAGUGCGUAGCGUUCGUUUAACAGCAGUCAGGAAACAUCUGUGAACUGAUUUGAUGAGUCUGAUUCAGAUCAGCACACAGGCCCUUCUGCUAUGAGGCCCAGUUCACAUUGUCCUGCUGAAAUGCACCAAUCAGGAGCAUGAAGUGCGAUGGCUUCUUUCUACGUGGUGGGACGAAUAUUCAGCGUCUUUAAUGAGUGAAAAACAAGAAACAGGUGCAGAAAGGUUUUGUGGUGUUUUUCUGUGUCGUACUUUCUAAAAUAUCGCCUUAAAACUCUUUGCACCCGUUAUGUGAAUUUAUAAUGUUCACAACCGAUGUGGUCAUUGGUUGUGAACUUAAACAACCAACGGCGACUCUUCAGUUUUGUCUCCUGACAGAAAUAAGGCCCAAAGAGUGGAAAGUGCUUGUAAUUCAGAGGGUUUUGACCACUGCACUGUGGCUGAUCAUUCAGCAUGAUGUGGCAUAACAAAGACUGGACUGAGCCAUGUUGGUCAUGCACACAUCCAUGAAGAAAAACGGUUUCAUUGUAAUUUCUAACCCAGUUUAUAAUGACUCUCCAUCCCUGCUGACUUAAAGCUGCACACAUGUGAACAUGUUUAACUUUAAUGCCACAGUGUGGGCGUGGUUUAACUUUUUAGAUACUGACAAACCUGCUUCCUGCAGCACACACACCAGGUGCACAACGGCACAAACAACCUUUAAAGCCGUGUCCCCUCCUGACAUGCUACUUGAGUUUUAUCCUGUUUGUGCUGUCCACAUCCUCGAGCUACUAAAAGUUGCAGGUUAUCAGUGAGAACAAAGGUCAAGGGUACGUCAGACAUCCAGCAUUUGUAAUCCUACUUGAAAGAAUGACAUCAUCGUCACUGCUGUUAAUAAUUACAGUUGUGAUAAGUGGGAGAGAUGGUAUUUAUUGGUGGCACGAGCGUCUGAGACCCCAGUUGAUUUCCAGGAUCUGGAGCAGGAGGAAGAGACGGCGGAAGCUUCGACACAGACUGGGACGCUCUCAGGUAUGUAGGACGAGCUGCUCUGCAUAUACGUACGUGUUGGAAAGUAAAGAGGGAGCUGUGGGGAAGUGAGGACUGCUAACACUCAAACCAAACUUCUCUGGUGUUUCUUCAAUCUCACCCUCUGGGACGACGCACGCUCUGACCUGCCUUAUGUGCUCUGUCUUGUAUUUGGGGGUCUGGACCUUUGCUGUUUUCUGUUAAUGUGCUUUGAUAAGUGAUGUUCAAAGGAAGGACGGGAUCCUUUUGCUAACCUGAUGUGAUUAAUGGACCUCAGAGCCACACAGAGAGGAAGCAGCAAAGGCGAGACGAUGCGCCCGGCAGCUCAGCAGUACGUGGUGACCAGGCCGCUGUACUCGGAGGAGUCCUUCGCUCAGGACCAUGAAAAGAUCUACAGGCACCGCAAAACUAUGCUGGACCACAUCAAGCAAUAUUUCACAUGUGACGCGAAACGAGCCAAGAGCACGGCUCUGUCUCUUCUCCCAGUCAUCGGCUGGAUGAAAGCGUACCGAUUGAAAGAAUGGCUGCUGGGUGACAUCGUGUCCGGUGUCAGCACUGGACUGGUGGCUGUGCUGCAAGGGCUGGCCUACUGUUUGUUGGCCUCUCUGCCACCCUGGUAUGGGCUCUUCUCCGCCUUCUUCCCUGUUAUCAUCUACUUUUUCCUCGGCACCUCCAGACACAUCUCAGUGGGUCCGUUUCCAGUGCUCUGUCUGAUGAUUGGCUCGGCGGUCACCAGGCUGGUCCCAGACGAGGGGCCGGCGUUCAACAUCACGGGGUUUGAAGGCCUGACCAGAGACGAGCAGAGAGUGCUGGUGGCCUCUUCUGUCACCUUCCUUGCCGGCGUCAUGCAGCUUGCGAUGGGCGUUCUGCAGGUGGGCUUCGUUGUCAUGUACCUUUCCGACACACUUGUGUCAGGUUUCACCACAGCUGCUGCGAUCCACAUUCUGGUGUCGCAGCUCAAGUUUGUGUUGGGGCUGGAAGUUCCAGGGAUCAGCGGGCCGCUGUCACUCAUAUAUACCUUGGAGAUCAUCUUUAACAAGAUCACCUCCACCAAUGUGUGUGAUGUGGUGAUCUCCAUCGUGAUCAUGGUGGUGGUGUUCAUCGUAAAGGAGAUAAAUGAGCGAUUUAAAUCCAAGCUGCCUGUGCCGAUCCCCAUAGAGGUCGUCAUGACUGUUAUUGCAUGUGGAGUUUCAUAUGCAUUCGACUUUAAGACAAGAUAUGGCAUUGAUGUUGUUGGUUAUAUACCAAAAGGGUACGAGGCGCCAGUCGCCCCAAACCCGCAGAUCUUCCAAGAAACAGCAGUGGAAGCGUUUCCUAUAGCCAUCGUGGGUUUUGCUGUGGCCUUCUCUGUGGCCAAGGUUUAUUCUAUCAAACAUGAUUACACCAUAGAUGGAAACCAGGAGCUGAUAGCCUUUGGAGUCAGCAACAUCUUUGGAGCUUCCUUCAGGUCUUUUGCAGCGAGUACAGCUCUUUCUAGGAGUGCAGUUCAGGAGAGCACAGGAGGGAAAACUCAGGUAGCUGGUUUACUGUCAGCUGUCAUAGUGAUGAUCGUCACAUUGGCUAUUGGAUUCCUACUGGAGCCCCUACCAAAGUCCGUGCUGGGCGCCGUGAUCAUCGUCAACCUGAAGGGCAGUCUGAUGCAGUUCAGAGAGAUCCCAUAUCUGUGGAGGAGGGACAAAGCCGACUGUGUGGUGUGGCUGGCUAGCUGCAUCGGUGCCUUCUUGCUGGGGCUGGAUCUGGGACUGGCUGUCGGCCUCGGUGUGGAGCUGAUCAGUGUCAUCCUCAGGACUCAGUUUCCUCGCUGCAGUCUGCUGGCCAACAUCAGGGGCACCGAUAUCUACAAAGACCGAAAGGACUACAUCAGCAUAUACGAGCCAGAAGGAGUGAAGAUCUUCAGGAUCCCAUCUCCAAUCUUCUUUGCCAACAUUGAGUUCUUCAGGAACAAGCUGGUGGAAGCUGUCGGCUUUAACCCAUUACAGGUGUUGAGAAAGAGAAAUAAAGCAGUGAGGAUGAUACGGAAACUUCUGAAGAAGGGCAAGUUGCAGUGGACAUCUAUCGGCCUCCUGAAUACCUCGUGUGGACCCAUAAAUGAAUCAGAGGACGAGAGCAACAUGGAAGAGCUGGACCAACCGACUGACUUCAAAGACUUUCCUGCCCGGAUCGACUGGAACGCCGAGCUUCCGGCCAACAUUGCGGUGCCCAGAGUUGAGAUUCACAGCCUGGUCCUGGACUUUGCCGCCGUCUCCUUCUUAGACAUCUCUGGACUGAAGGGACUCAGAGCACUGCUGAAAGAGCUGAUCCGAGUUGAGGUUGAGGUCUACAUUGUGGCCUGUGACCCUUACAUCCUGGAGAAACUCCAUGAUUGUAGCUUCUUUGAUGAUGAAGUUCAGUCUUCAAUGUUCUACCUGACACUGCAUGACGCCAUGCUGCACAUCCUGGAGAAACAUCCGGAGCCUAUUCCAAAAAAGUCUGAUUAUGAGAAGAUAAUGACAGGAGUCACUAUUCAUCAUCUGCCCGGCAAUUUGAGGAGCAGAGACAGAAAUGCUUCACCCACACAAACAAAGUUAUAACUUCAGAGUGACGAUGAUGAGGACGACCAAAGACGAGGAAGAUGAACCCUGUGUGUGUGCGUGUGUGUGUGUGUGUGUGUG